CUUUAGUUUUUGUAGUUCAGUUAAGAAAUUCAUCAUAGAUCUACAAUGAUACUGACAUUUCUUGCCGUCUCUGUACUGUUCCAUGGUGCUUUAGCAACAAGAAUAAAACUGACUGGUGGAUCGAAUUCGCUCGAAGGGACUAUUCUCAUUGAACAUAGCGGCACCUGGGGGACGAUUUGCGAUGACAACUUUGACAACACGGAUGCCAAGGUCAUUUGCGCCAUGCUAGGUUAUCAUGGACCGUCAAGAGCAUAUUCAUCGGCACAUUUUGGUGAAGGUUCGGGUCCGACUUGGUUGGACGAACUCAAGUGUACCGGGUCCGAAUCUGACGUUAGUUAUUGUAGAAGUAACGGGUGGGGUAAAGAGGACUGCGGACAUUCUGAAGACGCCGGUGUUAGAUGCUCAUCUCAUCCGCCACAAACGAUGAGAUUAAUAGGUGGUAGAGGAAAUUUUGAGGGUACAGUUGAUGUUAUGGAAAAUGGACAGUGGGGUACUAUAUGUGACAGAGAGUUUACCGACAUUGACGCUUCUGUCGUCUGCAAACAACUCGGCUUCACUGGCGGUUCUGCAGUUAAACGAGCUUACUUUGGACAACUGAGUUCCGGACGCAUUUGGACAGACAAGCUUGGUUGCCAGGGAAACGAACAAGGAAUCUGGGAUUGUAAAUAUUAUGGAACCAACUGGGGUCAUUCAAAUACAUGUAAUAAAAGUAUGGACGCUGGUGUCAUAUGUGACCACACUGAGGUUCGACUCGUUGGAGGAAGUCUGCCGUCUAAAGGUCGUGUCGAGGUCAAACAUAACGGUGUUUGGGGAACAGUGUGUGGAAACAGCUUCACGCAACAUGAUAGUGACGUCAUAUGUAGAAUGUUAGGCUUCAAUCAUAGCGCAGUCUCUAUACAAUACAACGCAACACAGGGGACUGGUCCAAUAUGGCUCGGGAAUGUCGGUUGCCACGGCAACGAAGUUGACAUACAAUUUUGCAAUCUUGGUGGCUGGAAUAAUCAUUCGUGUACCCAUGACAACGAUGUAGGCUUGACUUGCCAACCGACAGACGUUCGUCUAACACGAGGUUCUAGCCCAGCUGAAGGAACUGUUGAAAUUCGUGUAGAUGGGUCAUGGAAGACUAUUUGUGACCCAGACUUCGGUGAUAACGAGGCCAACGUUAUUUGCAGGAUGCUGGGAUAUACAGGGAGAGAUGCGCCACAUGUGGUUUUCCAUUCGGAUUACUUCGGUCACAGUUAUAGUCCACAUUUUGACAAUGUAACGUGUCGCGGUGACGAGAAUGACAUCAGCCAGUGCUCUUCAGUCUUUCACACCUCGUGCCAAACCUCGCAGAUUGUUGGAUUAAGAUGUGAGGGUGUCCAAAUUCGUCUUGUUGGAGGAGCUCACAGUACGGAGGGGCGGGUUGAAGUCUUACAUGGCGGUCAGUGGGGCUCGUUCUGCGACUCUGACUGGGACGACUCGGACGCUACGGUGAUAUGUAGAAUGUUGGCCUACUUUCCGUAUGACAGAAUUGUAGUCGGGAAAGCAGUUCACGGCUCAUAUUUUGGCUAUGGAGAUGGUCCAGUCUGGCUGGCGGAUGUAGGCUGCAAUGGUACAGAAAUGGAUCUCACUGAGUGCCGGAUGAACUGGAAUGGCGGUGUGAACUGCGACCAUAGCAGAGACGCUGGCGUUAUUUGUGAAUUUUUUAAAUCCACCCAAAAAAAAGCGGGCUUUAUGGGGACAGAGGACAGUGAAGGACAGCAAACCCAAUUUUAUUCAAUGCCUCGCAUUUUGGAGGCAGCAGAAGUUCGGCGUACUUAG